CUCAAUGUGCUGCCUGAGAAACACGAACUGCAAGGCAAUUUCAUGGAUGCAAAUACCAAGAGGAGAAACUUCGUGACGUCGGACAAUAAACAAUUUGGCCGUCAUGUUGACUCCUCUCCUUCUCGGCGAAGUUCUCAGUACAGUGAUGCGUCAAAAGAACUUGUCGAAUUGUUUAGUCGUCGCAGCUCACAAGACUCUCGAAGGACCUCCAGCACGGUUAUAGGAGAUACGCGAUUCGCUAGAGACUCUAAUCGCAAUGCGAUUUCCAAAAAUGAGUGGGCAAGAUUUGCGCGAGAUCAUCCUUAUGAGGGAAGACGCGAUCCUAUUGUCGACCAAAGAUUCUACGACUACGCCUUGCCAUCAAAGCGAAGUUCUGAAUCUAGACUUGGAUGCGAGUCUCGACUUUCCUCGCAAAAUGUCAGCGAAUAUUUUCCAGCAGAUUAUCGCAACACAUACGAGUACAUCUACAACAAGGAAAACCGUCUGUGGAUGAGGGAAUUACCUCCCACCCCCACACUUGAAGUGCCCAUGACGAAGUACGCGAAAAGGAAUAGAAAGUUUUCUAGCAAUAAACGAUUUGGUAUGAGUCCAGUAUAUGAGGGGAACGAAACUUGCGAGCGAUGCAGACGACGCAGAUCGUUUACCCGUCAAACAAAAUCGCACGAUGCGAUAUGGGCGAACCAUGAUUCGCCACACAACUAUGUGAGAUCAUAUCUCCUCCCUUCAAAUUUGGAUUUAUCGCUUGCUUCCACUCCCAAACCCUGUUACUACCCAAACCCUGUCAUGACCGAAACCCUGUUUGUAAUGUAA